AUGUUACCGCCGCUCACCUUCGACGACAAGGCUGCCCUAGCAGAGCUGCUUCGCCGUAAAACGGAGUAUAUUUCAGCCGGUGUAAAGCCUCACAUUACUCUUUCUCUCGAUACUAUCCUUGAGCCCUCGGCGCAGCAUCAAUUCUUCCCACAUCAAGUCGACAAUGUCAACGAAGGUGCGACUUUCGCCGGCAUCCUCAAAUACCGAGGCGACAUCAUGAUCGCCCUCAAGAAUAACGUUCCCAUGCAAGAAUGGAAUGAGCAGAUGAUUCUUGCCUACUUCUGUUCUUCAGUAGAGGUUAAUCUCAACUUCUCUAAACACCAUCGUCAAACCCGUACCCGCCUACUCGCCAACCUUGCUGCCCGCCUCAAUAACAGCGACACGCCCCUCCAGGCCGCGUACACACUCGCCUGCAUGGAGUAUGACCGCCACGCUGCCCUAGGCCCACAAUUUGACCCCGCAAACCCUACAAAGCACAUGUUGCGCUUCGCCUGGCACUUCAAACAGCAUCCUGAACACUUCAUCGUCCUUGGUCAGAAGCGCACGGAUGCCCUCAAGGUCAACACAACUCAAUACCUGGCUCAAGUCCGCAACAGUCCCCACUGGGAUAAAACUAGGCUGGAUAGACAGGCGCUCUUCGACUUCUCCUUUAAGGGUGGCUUGGAGGACAUCAAUCUCGCCGCGGCUAAGGGAAAAAAGAAGAAGAUUAGGGGUAAGGGAAGGAACAAGAAGGGUUCAGGUGCAGCCGCUGAUGAACCGUCUGCAUCGGUAUCUAACCUUUCGGAGCUUCCCACUCUCUACUACGAGUCCUCACGCAUACAUGAGCACUGUAGAGGCAACGCUCUACUACAAGGUCUCGUGGCUGCUAUGCCUGGUGUCCGCGACAUCGGUUCGCAUGUGGAAGUAUUCGACAUUGGCGAUUUGAGCGACUUCAAAGUCAUGAAUUUAGAGGAGCCGGAUCAGUCAUACGAGGACGAGGUUGACGAGAUGACGGCCAGGGAUGAUGAUGCCAUGGAGGCUGACGAGGAUCUUUGUAUCAUUGAUGGCGCUGAUCUGAACCUGUGGAUCAGCAAGCGUGAUGGAUCAGACCUGUAG